UACAUUCGAGCUUUUCCAGUCUUUCUAGUACUCCGUAACAGUUUAGCCAUCUUCCCAAGCAACACCUUGUUAGAUAGAGUACUACUGUAAUUAACUUAACAAUUCCAUUUGAUAAAAGAUUACGAAAUAUAAUUUAGAAAAUGACGACCCAACAAGAAGAUCCUGCUGAUGAUAGAGAAAAGGGGGAUUUGAAGAGAAAAAUCAUAAAAAUUGAUGCUAAAAAGGCGUUUAUUGGAGCUGGAGCUAGGUUGUUCUUCUACCCUACCCUCCUCUACAAUGUUCUUCGCAACAAAAUUGAAUCUGAUUUCAGAUGGUGGGAUCAAGUUGAUCAGCAGUUUUUGUUGUUGGGUGCUGUGCCAUUUCCUAAAGAUGUUCCAAGAUUGAAGCAACUUGGUGUUAGUAGGGUGAUUACCCUUAAUGAGCCAUUUGAGACAUUGGUUCCUUCAUCUAUGUACAAGGCUCAUGGAAUGGAACAUCUUAUCGUCCCAACCAGAGACUACCUGUAUGCUCCUUCUUAUAAUGAUAUCAAUAAAGCAGUAGAUUUCAUUCAUAGUAAUGCAUCUUGUGGUAGAGCUACUUAUGUACACUGUAAAGCUGGGAGAGGACGGAGCACAACCAUUGCACUGUGCUACCUGGUCAAGUACAAGAAAAUGACACCAUCUACUGCUAUGGAUAUGAUACGUGCAAAACGACCUCGAGUGUUAUUGACUUCUAUGCAGGCCAAGGCUGUUCAACAAUAUUAUAACACAUGUUUCCCUGACAGUGGGCACUCUGAUGAAGUUUUGGUAACACAGGCUGAUCUCGAAGGAUACAAGGAGACUUCUGAUUAUACUUCCGGUAACAAAUUCCCAAAACAAGUUGCAACAACACUUUCUUCCCUGCUCUCAACCUUGACGAUUGCUUCUAGUUGUGUGUCAAUUCGUAGUCAGCAUCCAAAGCAAACUUCGUGAUAGUUCAAAUUUCCCAGGAAUUUGUUACUUCUUUUCAAUAGAUUUGAUAAAUUGUUGAUUGUCUCUCAUUGUACAAAACCUGUAUAUUUGGCCUCUAUAUUGUAGGUACUCAACAUACUUGUAAAUAUAAUAUCAAAAGGUUUUGCACGCGUACAAUAAAUUUAUUGUACACCAAGAUAACUUUUAUGCAAUUUUUUUUUGUAAC